AUGAAAACAUUAUUGUGCUAUGGAACGCCGUACGAACUCGGACUGGCACAUGGAGUUGGUGCGAAGGACAUGAUCAGACGUAGUAUCUUAUUCUACAAGAAGAUGUUUGCCUAUACUUGCAAACUCGAAUGGGAUGCUGUCCGCAUGAUUGCCAAAGACUGGAAGAGGGAAAUAGAACAGAAGUGGUCAAACUAUUACAGUGAAAUGCAGGGAAUUGCAAACGGCGCUGAAAUCCCAGUGGUUGACAUUUUGAUUCUCAAUAUCCGCACCGAAAUCGCGUUUGGAAUGUUCAAUGAUGGGUGCACGAGCCUGUACUGGAAGACUGACAGGCAAUCCUUUCUGGCUCAGAACUGGGAUUGGAUGGAAGAACAAAAGCAGAAUCUUCUUCUCUUGGAUAUCAACCGCGUCGGUGGGCCUCGAAUCAAGAUGAUCACCGAAGCAGGCAUUAUUGGAAAGAUAGGGUUGAAUGAAUUCGGUAUCGGUGUCUGUCUCAAUGCUAUCAAAGUCCCUGGCUGUGACUUUUCACGACUGCCAGUUCACCUUGGCCUUCGAAAAGUAUUGGAGAGCACAUCAGUUGAUGCCGCUGUUCGGGAGCUGGAGGAAGUUGGGAUCGCUGCAUCGGCGCAUAUUCUGAUCGCUGAUCAAAGAAAGGCUAUUGGACUUGAAACAACAGCGAGAACACUGCAGGUUAUGCAUAUGACCGAGGGAGAUCGCAUCUUCCACGCAAACCAUUUACUAUUGGCACAUGAUGGCGCUGUAGAUGGGAACUGGCUCCCCGACUCGCCUGCACGACAGCAUCGCAUCCAGCAAUUGGCGACGAAGUAUGCUCCUGCUACGGGUGGAGGGCCAAAUACAGUGGAUAUCAUGAGGAUGUUGGACGACCACGAGGGGUUCCCGUAUUCAAUUUGUCGAUACGAGAAGGGUCCCCUGGGAAUGGACGCCACCCUAUUUAGCAUUGUCAUGGAACUCCGAGGUAGAAUAGCGAUUGUGCGUCUCGGGAGACCGUGUCAAGUCGAAGAGACAGUGGAGCUAUGUUUUGAGUGAUGAAUCUGGAGUUUGCCAUUGGACUUUUGAAGCACAUAGCUACGGCUGGUGACGCAGGCCCUGAGCAACCCAAAAGCCCACGCGCACUCUUCAA